CAGUCUUUCUAUUUCCCCUUUUCCCCAAGUCUCCCUCCACAAUUUUUUCCUUAAACCAUCAAAAGCAAAACAUAAAACCCAAAUAUUAUUCUCUCUCUCAUCUCUAAUUCUCAUCAUCAUGGGGUUUCUUCAAAACAAAUUUCCACUACUUUUACACUUGUUCUUGUUCUGUUUUUUUCAGUGUGAAGUGGCUACGUCCAUGUCCAUUCAUGAUUUGCUUAAAUCUAAAGGAUUACCAGGAGGGCUACUUCCUAAAGAAGUGAAAUCUUACAAUUUAUCAGAUUCUGGCCUACUUGAAGUGUUUCUUGAUGGGCCAUGUUUGGCUAAGUUUGAUACUAUGGCUUGUUAUGAUAGUGUUGUGAAGGCUAAUCUCACUUAUGGUUCACUUGCUGGAGUUGAAGGACUUUCUCAACAAGAACUUUUUGUGUGGCUACCAGUUAAAGGAAUUGUUGUUGAUGAUCCUUCAUCUGGUCUUAUACUUUUUGAUAUUGGUUUGGCUCAUAAACAACUUUCACUAUCUCUUUUUGAAGAUCCUCCCCAUUGCAAACCAGAUGGCGUUUUGAAGACUAAUGGUCGGAAGGAGAAGGGAUUUGAAGAUCAAAGAUAAGAGCUGCCCAUUUUGGAAUUUAUUAAAUGUCCAUAAUAAUGGUCGAUUUUGUUGGGGGUUCGGGUUUUUGGGUGGGGGGGGGGGGGGGGAUGGGGGUUAAGUACAAAUUACCAGGCUUGAUUAUAGGAUUUUUAGACUCUAAAUGAGAUUUGGGUAAAGCUGUAGAGAUUUUGGGUUAUCAGAUAUCUUGCUAUUUUGCAAAUGCUAAUCUUCUAACUUUUUAUCAUUCCUUUUGUUUGUUUGUUUGUUUCAAUCUCAGUGUAUAGAUUGUGAUUAUAUAACAAUAAAGCAAGAGAUCUCCUACUUCUACUCGUA